AUGGUAAUAUAUAGCAAAAAAGGGGGGAAACCAGAAGUAGAAAGGCAGGCUGUAGAAGAUAGUUUACUUAAAGAAGAUUAUAAUAUAAUAUAUGAUGAUAUUGUAACAAGAAUAUUAAGAUACAGUUUAUCUUCUAACCAAAUAAAAUUAUGUAAUUAUAAAGAAUAUAUCAAUAAAUUAAUUAAUAAAACAGACGAUAAAGAUCUUAACGAGAAUAUCUUACAAUCAGGUCAAUUACAAAACUCUACACCAACAGAAAAGUUGCUGAUAUUAAAGGCUGUAAUUGAUGAAACAUUAGACAAACAUUCAGAUGAUCUAGAUGAUUAUUUAAAUGAUCAUUUUACCUCUCAAAACCUGAGAGGAGAGACAAUAGGUCAAGAUGCAUUUGGUAAUACAUUCUGGUACUUUAAUGCUGAUAGAAGUUAUGGUCAGUUAUCUGCAGCAAUAUCAGUAUUAAAAUCUGAUGCCCUGAUAUCAACAUUAUCUGAAACAAUGUUAAACGAUUACACUAUAGAAAUUUAA